GGAUUUGUGUGUUUCAGACGGCAGACUGAUCGUUUGUCCCUUCAGAUCGAGUUGAAGGACAUUACCAUCAUCAUCAUCAUGAGUAAGGAAGCCCGUCCAUCCUGGGACAGUCCCAUGCAGUUUGUCCUGGCGUGUGUGUCUUAUGCUGUGGGACUCGGGAACGUCUGGCGUUUUCCGUAUCUCUGCCAAAUGCAUGGAGGAGGUGGUUUUCUGAUCCCGUAUCUGCUGAUGCUGAUUCUGGAGGGGAUUCCUCUCUUCUGUAUGGAGCUGGCCAUCGGUCAGAAGAUGCGUCUGGGCAGCAUCGGCGCAUGGACGGCCAUCAGCCCGUAUCUGGGUGGACUGGGUAUUGCCAGUGUUGUGACCUCCAUGUACCUCUGUCUGUACUACAACGUCAUCAACGCCUGGAGCUUCUGGUAUCUCUUCCAUUCAUUUCAGUCGGUGCUGCCGUGGGCCGAGUGUCCCGUCAAUGCGAACCGCACCGGGUAUCUGGAGGAGUGUGAGGUGGCUUCACCCACUCAGUACUUCUUCUACCGCGAGACACUGAACAUCUCGUCGUCCAUCGAUGAGAACGGAGGCCUUCACAUGGGUCAGGCGCUUUGUCUGCUGCUGGCCUGGAUCAUCGUCUACCUCUUCAUCGUCAGAGGCGUCAAAUCCACCGGCGUGGUGGUUUAUUUCACAGCUACGUUUCCGUACGUGGUUCUGAUCAUCUAUCUGAUCCGCGGCGUCACUCUUCAUGGAGCCUGGAACGGAGUCAAGUACAUGUUCACACCUAAACUGGAGCAGCUAGCGAAUCCUCAGACGUGGAUCAACGCUGCCACUCAGAUCUUCUUCUCUCUGGGUCUGGGCUUCGGCUCUUUGAUAGCUUUCUCCAGUUACAACCAUCACAACAACGACUUCGAGAAGCAGGCGGUCAUCAUCUCGCUCAUCAACAGCGGCACGUCUGUGUUCGCCAGCAUCGUCACCUUCUCCAUCUACGGCUUCAAGGCUACCUUCAACUACGAGAGCUGUUUGGAAAGGAUGAGGCUGCUGUGUCUCAAUGCAUUCGAUCUGUCGGAGGAGAGCAUCAGCGCUGGGAACGUCACGGAGUGGAUCCAUUAUCUCAACAUCACUCAUCCAGAGAGUUUUGCAGCCAUCGCUUCAAAGAUCGAGCACUGCAGUCUGGAGGCUGAGCUCGACACGGCGGUGGAGGGCACGGGUCUGGCGUUCAUCGUGUACAGCGAGGCCAUCAAGAACAUGCCGCUGUCUCAGCUCUGGUCUGUGCUGUACUUCAUCAUGCUGCUGCUCUUAGGGAUGGGGAGCAUGCUGGGAAACGUCACGGCCAUCAUCACCCCGCUGGCAGACAUCAAGCUCCUGUCACGCUCCCUCAGCAGCGAGAGCAUCAACGGUCUGGUUUGUCUUCUCUGUUUGCUGCUGGGUUUCGGUUUCACCAGCCGCUCUGGAAACUACUGGUUCACCAUCUUCAAUGAAUACGCGGCUACGCUGUCGCUGCUCUUCAUCGUCUUCCUCGAAGUCAUCAGUGUGUGUUACGUCUACGGACUGAGAAGGUUUGAGAGGGACAUCGAGGACAUGUUGGGUCAUCGGCCGAACUGGUAUUGGAAGGUGAUGUGGGCCGUCGUGAGUCCUCUGCUCCUCUUCAGUCUCUUCAUCUUCUACAUCAUUAACUACAUCCAGGGCGGCACGCCCACCUACCAGGCCUGGGACAAAGAUCUGGGUCGGUCGGUGGUGAAGGAGUACCCGGUGUACGGUCAGGUUUUCAUCGCUCUGCUGCUGCUGUCAGCGCUCAGCUGUGUGCCGCUCGCCGCUCUUCACGCCGUCUGCAGGAGAAAGCAGCGAGGAACGGCGAUCCGUGAGCACCGGCACGCCUGACGCUCAGACCCAUGCAAACACACACGCAUUAUGAAUACUUUGUCUUUGGUCAGAAAGCAAGCUAUUGGGACUCUUUCUAUAUUUCCUUCAGAAAACAUGACUGAUGAAACAGGAUCAGAUUCAUGAUUAAGGAUGAUCAGAAAAGGGCUUUUUCCCAUAACAUUUUACUUAAAGCAUUUAUGUAUA